GACUGUGCAGCUAGCUGCUCCUACCCACCUCGCCUGGCCCGAGCCUUGCCUGGCACGGCACCCUGGAGGCACCCCCUCCUCCCCCAGUCUCACCCUCCCCGGCAGCUCCUACACUCAGCUCCUCUAGGGAAGGUCUCGCUUCCAGCCCGGAGCAGUCAGGAUAACAGAAGCCCCACCUCGGCCCAGGCAGCGCCAUGACUGAAGUCGGCUGGUGGAAGCUGACCUUCCUCCGCAAGAAGAAAUCCACUCCCAAGGUGCUGUAUGAGAUCCCCGACUCCUAUGCCCAGACGGACGGGGGCGCGGAGCCCCCGCGGCCCGAGGCUGGGGCCCCCAACAGCGACUUUAGCACCCGCCUGGAGAAGAUUGUGGACAAGAACACCAAGGGCAAGCAUGUCAAAGUCUCCAAUUCGGGCCGCUUCAAGGAGAAGAUAAAAGUUCGAGCCACACUGGCGGAGAACCCCAACCUAUUUGAUGACCGGGAGGGCAAAAAACAAUGACGGGGCUGAGGGGGAUGCUGGCACCUGCCAUCUCCCCACCAGCAGCCGGGUCUGAGGCAGGGGCUUGCCACGCUGGCCUCUUCGGCCACAGCAGAAGCCGUGGGGGGCAGUUGAUGCCUGCUGGCAGGAAAUGUCUGGUUUUUAGGUUUGUAUUUAUGUGCCCCAGAUUUCUGUGAGGCCUGGGAGAUCCCAGGUCCUCCCACCCUCCCCUGACCACAUACAAAGGCACUCCAGUUCAAGGAUGGAGACCACCCCCCACUGCUGGGAAGGACAGUCCCCUGUGGAGGAAUGGCAGUGCCAGCAGGGAGGGGGGCGUGGCAGGGAAUAAAGAGAGGGAGCUGGACAGACUCCACCUCCUUCCUGGGCACAAGGUCAAGGGUGAGUCUGAAUUGCUGCUCCCUCUACUUUCUCUGCCUGGGACUGUUUUCCAAUCCUGAGGACAGCACAUUUUCCAGAAGCCACGUGAUGGAGGGUGGUUUCCUUGAGCUGGAGGUGGAGAUGCUGAACUUGAGCUUACCUCCCAACACAGUGGCAAACUUCCUGGAACUUCACCCCCAGGUGUGGAGGGGGUGAGGUCCCUGGCACUCCAUGGGGGUUGCCACAGAGAUUAGUAAUCCUACGGGUUCCUGCUUUGGCCACCACUUGUGCAGGUGUCAAGUCACACACCCUCAAAGGGAAGCUACGUUGGCCCAAGGGUCCAAACUGGAGAAUGGGUGGAGAAGCUCUGGUAAGAGCCCAAAGCAGCCAGUUUUCUCCUCUCCUUCCCUUACUGGUAUUUAAGAUGGAUCAGCCCCAGAGAUGAGUCCUGGAGCCUUGAAUUUUGUUUAAAAAAAUAAUUGUAGGUUUCUCUCUUUGUAAUAAACAAUGUCGCAAAAGUAGAGAACCUA